AUGACUGCCCAUACCGUUGAACUGGCAAAUGUGCCCAAGGACGACAAACCUUGGUGGAAACAAAGGCAUCUGAUCAGGCUCAAUUGGCACAUCAUCUCCCUUGUCAUGUUCUCCUCUGCCAACGGAUACGAUGGCUCGGUAAUGAGCGGCAUCCUGGCCCUUGAUACCUGGAACAGUUUCAUGAACUUCCCUCGCGGCACAUAUUUGGGGUGGAUAACUGCCAUUUACUGGCUCGGCAACGGCGUUGCCUUUCCUGUGGCCGCUUGGGUGUCUAACCGCUGGGGUCGCAAACUCGGCAUCUACUUUGGCUACUUCUUCCUCAUCAUCGGAGUUGGUCUGCAGGCGGGAGCCCCGAACGAGAAAACCUUUACCCUCUCGCGACUCGUCAUCGGCCUCGCCUCGGGCUGGCUUGGCAACUCGUCACCACUGCUUGUCAACGAGAUUGCUCACCCCAAGCAGCGGUCCAUCGCCAAUGCCUUGUACAUGUGCGGUUGGUAUGUCGGCGGCACCAUCUGCGGCUGGGUCACCUUUGCCUGCCGCAACAUCCCCAGCGAUUGGUCGUGGCGUAUUCCUGUUCUCCUGCAGGCCCUGAUUCCUCUGCUCGCUCUACCUGGCUUCCUGAUGUCGCCCGAGAGCCCUCGCUGGCUCAUUAGUGUUGGACGUGUCGAUGAAGCGGCCGAUCUGCUCGCAAAACACCACGCUGGUGGCAACAGGGACGACCCGCUCGUCGUAUACCAACUAAGCGAGAUUGAAACGACCAUUACGGCCGAGAAGGAGGCUUCCUCCAGCGCAUCGUAUGCGGACAUGGUCAAGACGCCCGGGAAUAGGCACCGCCUAUUCAUCUCCGUUACGCUGGGUUUCUUCGCACAGUGGGCUGGCAAUGGCGUCGUGUCGUACUAUCUGCCCCUUGUGCUUGACUCGGUAGGCGUUAAGACGGUCACCGAGCAGACCCUGAUCUCGGCGUGUCUCAAUGUCUGGAAUCUCGGCUGGGCUGUCGCCGCCGCUAUGAACGUUGAUCGCCUGGGCCGCCGCUUCCUGUUCAUGAGCUCCGGGGUCACCAUGCUGACGAGUUUCAUCAUCGUGACAGGCCUCAGCGGUGCAUUUGCGAGCUCCGCAUCUUCAUCCGUCGGCAUGGCUGUCAUUCCGUUCCUGUUCCUAUUCUUCGCCGGUUACGACAUUGCCCUAACCCCUUUCCUCACGGCGUAUCCAUGCGAGAUUUGGCAGUUCAGCCUGCGCUCGCGCGGCCUCACCGUGGCUUGGUGCACAACUGUGGCGUCCAUCUUCCUCAACACGUUCGUCAAUGCGAUCGCCCUGGAUGCUAUUGGCUGGAAGUACUACUUUGUCUUCAUCGUCGUGCUAUCGCUCAUGAUCAUCACCGUCUUCUUCGGGUACCCUGAGACGCGAGGAUACACUCUCGAGCAGAUGGCCAUAGUCUUCGAUGGGGUUGAUGCGCCAGUCAACUCCUCGGAUCUGAUGGAAAAGAACGCUGCGGUAAGCCACGUUGCCGAUGCGGACCAACAAGGCUCUGCCGAGCACAGUAAGGUGUAA